AAUUAAUUUAAUCAUAAUUUAAAUAAAACUUUAUCACCAUUUUUAAUUCAAAACUUUUUUUAUCAUUUCCCACUUAAUUUUCUCGGGGAAGAGUGUAAAUGGAGACAGCGAAAGAAUGGAUCGAAGUAGAUGAAACGGCGAAUCAAUUCCUUACAAGGGUUUUUACAGAGCGACCAUUACUAAUACUACCUCCCCCACUUCAUCGCAUUCCACUUCGCCCGGGCAACGUUGUCGAAAUAGUUGGUCCUUCUCCUUCUUCAAAAACUCGCAUUCUUAUACAGGCUGCUAUUAAUUGUAUUUUGCCUAAGGAGUGGAAGGGCGUAAAUUAUGGAGGCUUGGAGCGAUUAGUUAUGUUUGUUGACCUGGAUUGUCGUUUUGAUGUGUUAAGCCUUUCGCGAUCACUGAAGCAGCGGAUCAUCCGAGCAAAUGGCAAUGGUGUAGGCCACAAUCUAAAAAAGGUGGAUGAUUCUCCUAGUGGAUCAAAGGAUGCAUGCGCUGAAUAUGACAAAGAAUUGCUCGCUGUCAGCAUGAGAAGGUUCUUGUACAUCCGCUGUUAUGAUAGUUUCGAAUUUCUUGCUACUCUUAAGACGUUGCAUUUCCAACUUCAAAAGGAAAAAGAGGCACAUGGUACUGGUGUUUAUUUGCUUAUGAUUGACAGUAUUGGAGCUUUUUAUUGGAUGGAUCGCGGUGCACCUUCUAUAUCACCAGGGAGCAAUAACAGGAGAAGUCUCUCUCUGCAAAGUGUGUCAGACAUUGCUGUUCAAGAGAUCCAGAAGAUUCUUGUGGUGCAUCCGGUGGUUGUUCUAACUACAAAAGCAGCAAGUUUACAGGAUAAAUUUACAGCACGUGAAGUUAUUAGGAAUACAGGGCAGUUGUCUGUUGAGAAUAACUUGGACUCAAGGACCAUUAGGAUUAGUACUAAUGCUCAACUGUAUCGGGAAUAUAUGCCUUCACUGUGGCAGGACCGCAGUACGGGACAGACGAUUGGCGCAGGACAUGAAUCACGAGGCCGUUACCAUUUUAUCUCUUCAAAUUCCUUCACAACAUGCUCCGUUAUAGACCCUCCAAACCUAAUUCAUAAACGUUUGGGACAUUCGAGUCUAUCCAAGCUACAAAAGAUGGUGCCUAGUUUGUCUAGUUUAUCUACAUUAGAUCGUGAGUUAUGUCAACUUGGGAAACACACUCGUGCUACUUUCUCACGUAGGAUUGAGUCAUUCAGAGUUUAUUUUCUCAUUAGUUCAUUCUGAUGUUUGUGGUCCUAGUCGAGUUAAUUCACCUUUAGGUUUUCGUUAUUUUGUUAGUUUCAUUGAUGAUUUUUCAAGAUGUACUUGGGUUUUCUAAAUGAAAGGUCGUUCUGAGAUAUUUUCUAUAUUCACAAGUUUUUGUGCUGAAAUACAAACUCAAUUUGGUGUUUCUAUUCGUACUUUUUGUAGUGAUAAUGCCUUAGAAUACUUAUCCUCUCAGUUUCAGGAGUUCAUGACUCAUCAAGGAAUUGUUCACCAAACAUCUUGUCUGUACGCCCCUCAGCAGAAUGGUAUAGCAGAAAGAAAAAAUAGACAUUUUCUUGAGACUGCUCACACUCCUCUCAUUGAAUUCCAUAUUCUGUUGGAUUUUUGGGGCAAUGCAGUCCUCACAUCUUGUUAUCUAAAUAAUAGAAUGCCAUCAUCUAUCGUCUUCCAUUCAGAAUAAGGUUCCCCAUUCUAUAUUGUUUCCACAGUCACAUCUCUACUCUAUCCCCUCUCGUGUCUUUAGGAGCACAUGCUUUGUUCAUAACUUAGCCCCUAGAAAAGAUAAAUUAGCUCCUCGUGCUCUCAAGCAUGUCUUUCCUUGGUUACUCUCGAGUUCAAAAAGGGUAUCGUUAUUAUUCACCGGAUCUUCGUUGCUACUUUAUGUCCGCCGAUGUCACUUUUUUUUAAUCUCGACCUUACUAUAUAUCUUCUGAUCAUCUUGAUAUCUCUGAGAUUUUACCCGUAUCUCCAGUCUUACCCGCACUAUCUUUGGUCUUACCCGUAUCUCCAGACUUACCCGAACCAACCUUUGAGGAAUCAACGGUUACUUCUACGUCUCCAGUUACAGUGCCACCACUUCUGACUUAUCAUCGUCGUCUGCGUCCACCAUUAGUCUCAGAUGAUUCAUGUCAUUCGUCGGACGCUGCUCCUACUGCGGACUUGCCUUCUCCUAGCCAAUCAGUUGCACUUCAAAAAGGUAUGCAUUCCACUCGUAAUGCUAACCCACAUUAUAGUUUCUUGAGUUAUCAUCGUUUAUCAUCACCCCAUUAUACUUUUGUAUCAUCUUUGUCCUCUAUUUCUAUCCCUAUGACUAUAGGUGAAACACUUUCUCAUUCAGGGUGGAAGCAAGCUAUGAUAGAUGAGAUGUCUGCUUUACAUGCGAGUGGUACUUGGGAGCUUGUUUCCCUUCUUGCAGGUAAAUCUACUGUUGGUUGCCGUUGGAUUUAUGUAGUCAAAGUUGGUCCAGACAGUCAGGUUGAUCGGCUUAAGGCUCGCCUUGUUGCCAAAGAAUACACGCAAAUAUUUGGGCUUGAUUAUAGUGACACUUUCUCUCCAAUGGCUAAAAUAGCAUCUGUCGUCUUUUCCUAUCCAUUGCUGCCGUUCGUCAUUGACCUCUUUAUCAGUUGGAUAUUAAGAAUGCUUUUUUGUAUGGUGAUCUUGAGUAAGAAGUCUAUAUGGCGCAACCACCUGGUUUUGUUGCUCAGGGGGAAUCUAGUAGCCUUGUAUGUCGAUUGCGCAGGUCAAUCUAUGGUCUGAACUAGUCCCCUCGAGCUUGGUUUGGAAAAUUCAGCACAGUAAUUCAGCAGUUUGGCAUGAUUCGUAGAGCUGAUCACUCAGUGUUUUAUCGAUAUUCUCUACCAAAUCUGUUUGUGUUGAUGAUAUUGUUAUCACCAGCAAUGAUGAAGAUGAUAUCACUAAAUUAAAGCAAAAUCUCUUUCAGCAUUUUCAGAACAAAGACACUGGCAGAUUGAAAUAUUUUUUAGGUAUUGAGGUUGCUCAGUCCAGAUUACGUAUUGUUAUUUCUCAACGCAAGUAUGCCUUAGACAUUCUUGAGGAGACGGGAAUGAUAGGAUAUAGACCCAGUGACACUCCUAUGGAUCCAAAUGCUAAACUUCUACUAGGACAGGGGAGCCACUCAGUGAUCCUGAAAGGUAUAGGCAGUUGGUUGGAAAGUUGAAUUAUCUCACCGUGACAAGACCUGACAUAUCCUUUCUUGUGAGUGUUGUAAGUCAGUUUAUGACUUUCCCCCGUGAUAGUCAUUGGGAUACAGUUGUUCGUAUUCUGCGAUAUAUAAAGUCAGCUCCAGGUAAAGGACUACUCUUUGAGAAUCGACGUCACAAGCAUAUCAUUGGAUACACAAAUGCUGAUUGGGCAGGAUCAUCCUCUGAUAGACGUUCUACUUCCGGAUAUUGUGUUUUAGUAGGAGGUAAUUUGGUGUCUUGGAAGAGUAAGAAACAGAGUGUGGUUGCUCGACCUAGUGUGGAAGCAGAAUAUCGAGCAAUGGCUGUAGCAACUUGUGAGCUAGUUUUGAUCAAACAGUUGCUGAGAGAAUUAAAAUUUGGAGAAACCGGUAAGAUGAAACUUGUGUGUGAUAAUCAAGCAGCCCUUCUUAUCGCAUCAAAUCCGGUGUUUCAUGAGAGGACUAAACACGUAGAGAUUGAUUGUCACUUUGUCAGAGAAAAGAUACUCUCAGGAGAUAUUAUUACAAAAUUUGUGAAGUCAAGUGAUCAACUUGCAGAUAUCUUUAC